AUGUCAACCUCAACCUUCGAUCCCCACGCUCGUCCUCUACCCCUGAUCGUCAAGUCUAAGAAAUCCUCCCGCAUCAGCGACCUCAUCAGCCGCAAACCACCCCAAUCCCCAUCCACUACCCCAAUACCAUACACACCCCUCAAAGAUGGCGAAAUCCGCCUCAUCAAUCUCCAUCCCGUAGAGCCCUCCUCCCCCAUAAUCCUCACUACUGAGAUCGUCUCCAUCGCCUCGGCAGAUUAUACAGCCCUAUCCUACGUUUGGGGUGAUGCCUCGCAGACAGUCUCCAUCCACGUCGACAACCACGUCUUCCAGGCGACAAAGAACCUUUACGUAGCCCUCGAGAACAUCCGCCUAUUCCUCAAGCCCUCAUCUUCCAAGGUCAUUCCCCUCUGGGUCAACGCCGUGUCCAUCAACCAGCGAGACCUUGCCGAGCGAAGUCGCCAGGUCUCGCACAUGCGCCAGAUAUAA